CACCAAUCCGCUUCCACUGGUGGAUGGGUGGGUUUUUCUGGACGCCUUCCAUGAUGUAGCCAAGUCUGACCUGCUCACUUCCUUCAUUUCUCUUCCAUUCAUCAAUUCCAUCCUGCUGCCUAUACUGUCUUCUUACUGACUCUUCAUCGUUCUGCGUGCGUCUGGCGCUGGUCUCUAAUAUGGCCGACAAGAACGAAAUCCCAGAGGUCGCGACAGAGUCGGAGCCCUCGGAGUCGGGCAAUAAUUUCAUCAACGCCUCGGGCCAUGCCCAAGAGUUGUCGCGACAAUUCAAUCUCGUGUCGCUCGCCGGCGUCGGGCUCGUUGUCGGCAACGUCUGGCCAGCAAUCGGAGGGUCGAUUCUGGUGGCCAUCUUCAAUGGUGGUCCACCUGGUGUGCUCUACGAGUUCCUUGUCGUGUCCGUCUUCUACUGGAUUGUGGCAGCAUGCAUCGCCGAGCUUGCCUCUGCUAUUCCAUCUUCCGCUGGUGUCUACCACUGGGCCUCGGUCACUCCCGGAAAGCGAUGGGGCCGUGUUGUGGGAUUCUUUGCCGGCUGGUGGAACUGCCUUGCGUGGAUUCUGGGUGCUGCGUCUAUGACGUCCAUUUUCUCUAAUACAGUCGUUCAAAUGUAUGCCCUGAAGCAUCCAGACUUCGUUUCUCAGCCAUGGCACGUUUUUGUCACCUAUAUUAUCGUUACGUGGAUCGCAUGCCCGAUUGUAUGCUUCUUCAACUCGGCUAUGCCACAUCUAAACAACGCGGGCAUCUUCUUCAUUCUCGCCGGGUUCCUGAUCACGAUCAUCGUGGUAACUGUUAUGCCAGGCCAGGACGGCCGACCGGGCCACGCAUCUUCAUCAUUUGUUUGGACUGAAUGGACUGCCGACAUCGGGUAUCCCAAUGGGUUUGUCUUCGUUGCAGGCAUGCUCAACGGGGCGUUCAGCGUGGGAACCCCAGACACCACAAGUCACCUUGCGGAGGAAAUCCCCUAUCCUCAGCGAAACGUGCCUAUCGCCAUUGCCUGCCAGAUGAGCAUCGGCUUCAUCACCGGCUUUUCCUACCUGAUCGCCAUCCUGUACGCGAUCAACGACUACGAUGCCCUGUUCAACUCCCCCUACCCGAUCGCCGAGAUCUACCGUCAGGCCACCGGCUCGGCCAGCGGCGCCAUCGGCCUCCUCACCCUCGUCCUCAUCUGCAUCGGCAUCUGCGUGUGCGGCCUGUACAUUACGUGUGGGCGGACGCUGUGGGCUCUUUCGCGAGACGGGGCCACGCCCUUCCCCAAGGUCUUGGGCAAGGUGUCUCAGAGACUCGGCAUGCCGUUCAACGCCACCAUCGUGUCCGCCAUCUUGGUGACAAUCCUCGGAGCCAUCUAUGUUGGGAGCACCACUGCAUUCAAUGCCUUUGUCGGAUCGUUCGUCCUGUUGUCAAGCUCCUCAUACAUCGCUGCGAUACUGCCCCAUCUCCUGACCAAGCGGCGUAACAUCGAAGUCUACGGCCCAUUCCACCUCAAAGGCGCCCUGGGCUUCAUCUUCAACUUCAUCGCCUGCGCGUACAUGAUGGUGUGGUUCGUCAUCUACUGCUUCCCGUACUACCUCCCGACGGACGCCCAGACGAUGAACUACGCAUGUCUCAUCUGGGGCGGCUUCACCAUCUUCGUUGCCGCAUGGUGGUUCUUCGGCGCGCGGAAGGGCUACCAGGGCCCGCCCAUGAUCACCGACGGCGGCAAGGUCAACUUGGCCGACACUUUGAAGAAGGUGGACAUUCAAGCCGUGAGGAACAACAGCCUGAAGGGUGUCUAAAAAAAGCGCGUUGAUUUAUUUGGACAGCUCACAUUGAGGGAGAGUUUCAACAUGUUUUCAUUAGAUCCCUUCUUGGCUCCUAUUUCUGCGUGCUGGCCGAUUCUCAAAGUGAGGUUUUGUGGGGGCUCAACGGCUUCCCAAGUUUCGUUCGUUCUACAGAAGAAUAUGGACCACCAUUACUCGGCCAACAGGCUUGGAUAUUGACUUCAUCCUUCAUGGGGAAAUCCAAUGGUUUCAGUGGCUGGCGGAAUGUGAAACGUUCAGAUUUCUGUAAUCCUUCUUCUUGGGUACGAUAAAAAGAAGAGAAGUGUGGGAAAUGGCAAAGGACUGUGCCCGUCGUAACCAGCUUGACUCUUACUGUGCUUCGGCAAGUUUUGGUCGUCUGGGGUCAGCAGUAUUUCACUUCAACAGUAUCAAAUCAGGCCAUCUCUUAAGUCCAGCUGGACUCGGCGUCUGUGAGCAUGAACGUCUGGAAGCCGUUGAUAUGAUAUUUGCAAUCCUAAGGCCAGCUUACUGCCAACAAAGCCUCUCAUAUCUUUCCACAAUCCUAGGCAGAUGAUUAUGGGCGUCGAUUCCAUGUUCUGACAAACCCCUUUCGUAUUUUCAGGCGACGCAUAUCAGCAUGCGACGACGGCUGCGAGGGUGAAGAAGGGCUGUAAGGAAAAGGACUCGAGAUCUUCGAUAGUCUUUGGAUAUCUGUGGCGCCCUGUCGAUUUGCACGCCGAGGACUCUUUAUCAGUUUGAUGUUUUAUUCUUGCUUGGGAUGGUAAACAAAUGUGGUAGAUCGCUAAUUGCCAGACGUCUUUGUUUUGCUCGGAACAACCGCUUGUAUCUUCUAUAACUACGCGUGUCCGAAUACCUCUCUGAAUAAC